CAGCAAGACAUUAAUCUCCGAUCACAAAAUUAAACACCAAAAUUCAACAAAAAAACAGGAAUUUCCCCUGAGGUUUGAUGACCUCUGAUUUACAUAGCAGAAACAUAGGAGGGAUUGAUCCGAGCGGAGAGAGGGAACAAAGAGGAGAAGGAUCAAGAACACGAAAAAAGGGACGAAUCAAGAUAGAGAGAGAACUGGAGAAGCCAUUUCCGACGUUUUGCAUGUCGUUAAUUACAAUGGCAGAAACCAGGUGCAAACAACUACAUUGUCAUGAUCAGUACGUUGAUAAUUAUUGUGUAAAGAAACAAUCAAAUCCAAGAAGGGAUGUUUAAUUUUUUUAUGCAUAAACAUUGAAACCGACAAAAAGUCUAGGAACAAAUUAAAUUUAUAAAUUCAUGAUCAUCCUUACAUUUACAUCUGCGCGACAUGAAGGCAUGGGAGGCAACCGUGAGGAAAACACACGCUGCAAGACGACAAGCUAGCAAUAUCUUCAGUUCAUCCCCCGUUGCAAACAUGGAUGAAGAAGAUGAGAUUCAUGCUGCAGGAGAGGUGUUUCAUGCUGAACGUUAUCUCCCAAACGGAGAUUACUACACAGGUCACUGGUUGGAUAACUUUCCUCAUGGUUUUGGCAAAUACUGGUGGACCGAUGGAUGCAUGUAUGUAGGAGACUGGUAUCGUGGAAAAACCAUGGGAAAAGGCACCUUCAGUUGGCCUUCAGGAGCCAACUAUCAAGGCGAAUUUAAAAGCGGGUAUAUGGAUGGAGAAGGGAUCUAUACAGGGCCAAAUGGAGAUACUUAUAAAGGGUCAUGGGUUAUGAACUUGAAACAUGGACAUGGGGUGAAGGAAUACACUAAUGGGGAUAUAUAUGAUGGGGAAUGGUGUGGAGGGUUACAAGAAGGAAAUGGUAAGUAUCAAUGGAAAGAUGGGAAUUGCUACGAUGGAGAAUGGAAGAAUGGAAUGAUGUCUGGAAUGGGAAAACUGGUUUGGAGUAACGGGAACACGUUUGAGGGGUUAUGGGAUGAUGGUAUACCAAGUGGGCAUGGGAGAUUCAAGUGGGCUGAUGGGAGUUUUUAUGAAGGUAAUUGGAGUAAGGAUGCUGCAGAGCAAAAUGGUGAUUAUCAUCCAUCUGAUGAUGCUAAAGAUGAACAUAAAGACUGGUCUCAAGAACAAGUUUAUGAAGUUGAUCUUAAGGAAUGUGAAAUAUGUCCUCUUGAUAAGGUCCCGAUCUUGCCAUCUCACAAGAAACUAGCAGUUUGGAGAUCGACAAAGGGCAGCAGUAGCAGUGCUAGUACUAGUGACACUGCACCUAGGUCCAGACGAAUGUCCAUUGAUGGAAGCAGCUUCGAUGUGAGUACUGUUGAAGAAGCAAAUUUAAAGGCAAGAGAUGAUACGUCAUUGUCAUCAUCAUCACCUAGUAAUUCGUCAGUAGAAGCAAGUCCAAUACAAAUCCCCAAAGUGGUAAAGAAACAAGGAGAUAUCAUAUCCAAAGGACAUAAGAACUAUGAACUUAUGCUCAAUUUGCAACUAGGAAUCAGGCAUUCGGUAGGAAGACCGGGUCCCACUCCCUCAUUAGACUUAAAGCCAUCAGCUUUCAAUCCAAAGGAGAAAGUAUGGACAAGAUUCCCACCAGAGGGAUCCAAAUACACCCCUCCACACCAAUCUUGUGAAUUCAAAUGGAAGGAUUACUGCCCAUUGGUCUUCAGGACAUUAAGGAUGUUGUUUAAGGUAGAUGCAGCUGAAUAUAUGCUAUCUAUGUGUGGGAAUGAUUCCCUUCGAGAGCUCUCCUCACCAGGGAAGAGUGGAAGCUUCUUCUACCUGAGUUAUGAUGAUCGGUACAUGAUCAAGACCAUAAAAAAAGCUGAAGUCAAAGUGAUUCUAAGGAUGCUUUCUGCUUACUUCAAUCAUUUCCGACAAUACGAAAACACUUUAUUGACAAAAUUCUUUGGACUGCAUUGUGUGAGGUUAACAGGUGCUGCUCAAAGGAAGGUACGUUUCAUUAUUAUGGGAAAUCUUUUCUGCACGAAUCACACCAUUCAUAGACGCUUCGACUUAAAAGGGUCUUCCCUUGGUCGCCUUACGGAUAAGCCCGAGUCGGAAAUAGAGGCAACCACUAUACUUAAAGAUCUUGAUCUCAAGUACUUUUUCCGAUUACCAAAAACAUGGAAUGAAGAAUUCAGAAGGCAAAUAGAGAAGGAUAGUGAUUUCCUGGAGCAGGAGAGAAUAAUGGAUUACAGUCUCUUGGUUGGUCUUCACUUCAGAGAACCGUCGCACUUAACACCUGUUGGUGAUGGCACAGUAGAGGACUCAUAUUCUGUGGCUGAUAUGGACAAACUUCUUUCAGACCCAUCUGGACACCAGUUGGGAAUUGGCAUGCAAGCACGAAUUGAAAAGAUGGAGAGGGCGAUAGAGACAGAACUGAUAGGGGAACCAACCGGGGAGUGUUAUGAUGUUGUAAUGUUUUUCGGAAUCAUAGACAUACUUCAAGACUAUGACAUUACCAAGAAACUCGAGCAUGCUUACAAGUCCAUGCAUUACGACCCUACCUCAAUAUCAGCUGUUGAUCCCCGACAAUAUGCCAAACGUUUUCAUGAUUUUAUACUCACGAUUUUCAAGGAAGAUGAUCAAUAGAAAGGAAAAUUUUAGAAUCUUUGUACAGAUAUACGUCUAGUCUAUUUCUCUAAAUCAUAUUACGUACUUACCCAAGGCAGGCAGAAGGACCAUGUAGAAGUAGCUUCUUUAGUUUCUAUAGUGUACAAUGUGUUGCCAUGUAAGUAUACUUGUUUGUUGUACAAUACAUUUCAUGAACAAUUCAGUAUUUUUCUUCGGAAA